UCAGGCAAAACUUUGAAGACCAGCGCCAAAUGAAGAAGUGUCAGAUUUACUUCAGAAGAAAUUCCUUUCUGUGGAUUGGAAGUGGAUAUAUGAGAGAGAUCUGUCUGUUUCAAUGUGUGUGACAGAGGAGUUUGGUGUUUUCCAUUGCCAAACACGUACCAGAUGAACAUCCCUGUGUCAACAGUGAGUCAGAGCAAAGCUAAGUUGCAGGUAAAGUGUCUGUGUGUGCUUAUGUUCCUGAGUUUCCCUCUGUCAAUGGCAGAGGUACCCGGUCCAUGCAGACACUCAAUCACUAGAGAACACCUGCUGAUAGUCAGGCAACUGAUGGACAACCAGUUGAGAAGUGGGUGUUCAAUAACCUACACAUUCAUAGAACAGAGAACUUUGAGCAAAUGUUGCUUCGUGAAAGCUGCUUUACCAUGGACACUGGAGCUGCUAACCACCCAUUUCAAGUACGGUCGGGGCUCAAUAAAUGAUGGCUUCGUUCAGUCCCUGAGGGCACUUAUCCUCAACAUGUAUUCGCAGAGAUGCGUGCCUCAGAUUAAUGAAGAGGUGGAGGAUAAGCCAGAGAGUUUUGAGGUGGUCUACCGAGGGUCUACGUUGGAAGCUUUGCAGAGAGUCUCAGAGGUGUUGUCUGUUUACUGGGAACUGGUGACAACCAGUGACUCACCGGUUGACUGGAGAUGCCAGCAGGAAUACUCAGAAAGCUUUGGCUCCUCGACAGAGCUACCGAGAGGGUCAACCGCUCAAUAUUUUACAGACAGUUAUGACUGGAACUCGGCGAAGGCUUCGCAGAUAAAACCAGUCAGGGAUGUGUACAAGUUUGGCUUCAUCAUUGCAUCCAUCAGCGGGGGACUGGUACUCAUUCUUACGCUCUACUGUCUCAUCGUCCACAAGAAAAUUUUCUGCCAUCAUGGAUCAAGAUUAGACACAAACUUAAACAUCGACCAACAGGAUAUAGAGAUAGAACCACAGUGAUACAUGGAAGAGCCCACCACUGCAUCAGCAAUCACAGUACCUGGGAAGUUGUACAUUUUGUCCAAUCCAAGUUUUUAUGUUCCUAUAUGUGCGACGUAUUCAGCUUACAAGUUUAAUCAGAAGCUUAGAUUUGACCAAAAACAAAAAUGGAUGGGUUUCUUCUUUUUUUUUUUGGAGCUGUGUAUAUUGAGCAUUAUGUAUUGCAGGUGUCUUUUUCAGGUUAACUAAUUUCUUUUGUUCUGUUUUUACUGUGGCAUUUUUUCCAUCUCUAUUUGUGUCCAAUUAACCAAGUGUUUGUGAUAAGUUAUUUAUUUCCAUAAGUCUACUCAAUCACUGUAAUAAUAAUAAUAAUAAUAAUAAUAAUAAUAAUAAUAAUAAUAAUAAUAAUAAUAAUAAUAAUAAUAAUAAUAAUAAUAAUAAUAACAAUAAACAUAACUAUCAGUAAUAGACUUAAUUGAUUCACCCCGUGCUGUGAGCUAGCCAGUGGCCAAAAAGUGGGUAUGCACGAUGUGGGGAAUUUUAUUCUAGGCAGCAUUUUGUGUACUUAAGAGCUGUUGUGUAUGAAAUGAUCAAUAACAGAGGAACAGCAAUGAUUAGGCGCCCUUCCCCUCCUGCCAGCCUCUCUCCCCUCCCAAGGUAUCUUGGGCACCAUACCUUCAAGAACGCGCUGAGGCACGUUUUUUUCUUUUAUAUUUUUGAAUUGUAGUGAUGCACUCGACAGCAAGGAAGUAAAGAUGGGGCAGCAGAACAAAAUUCCAGGGCAUAAAACAGAAAACGGAAUAGGGGGAGGGAUAAAGAUGUUGGA